AUGCAGGCACGAAGCGCUUUUUCCGCCAUCAAUCCGACACCUUCAAGCAGGACUCAUUCGUUACUACAGUGUGUGCCCUCAUCAUGGCGCAAGCCCAAGGGUAUCGACAACCGUGUCCGCCGUCGCUUUAAGGGCACCAUUGCCAUGCCCAAGAUCGGUUACGGUAGCAACAAGAAGACCCGUCACUUGAUGCCCUCCGGCCACAAGGCCUUCCUUGUCCACAACCCCAAGGAUGUCGAGCUUCUCCUCAUGCACAACCGCACCUACGCCGCUGAGAUCGCCAGCGCCGUUUCCUCCCGCAAGCGUGUCGACAUUCUGGCCAAGGCCAAGGCUCUCGGUGUCAAGGUCACAAACGCCAAGGCUCGCGUUACCACCGAGUCAUAA